GUCGUUAAUCACAACUACUUUGCUUGGUCAAGAGGCUCUCCAACAUCUCGAGGCUUGGCUGUGGUUGUGGUCGUGUGCCACUUCGUGGGGAGAUAGAUGUGGUGCUUGCAUAAACGCGGAUGACCGGCCGCGAGCAUGUUUUACGUACACAAGCGGUGAUGCAUUCUCGUGCAUCUCGACUGCUACGUACGUCGCGCCGAUGCGGGGUAGAAUUCUGAAUGCGGGCAGAUCUUCUCUUAUCUAUUGGCCAUACUGGUAGCUCGUGUGACCACUCAGUUGUCCUCGUCCCGCAGAGCUCUACUGCUACCUUGCCUUCCCACCUCAACGCUCGUCAGCGUACUAAUAUCUAUGGCGGCGAGCUCAUUUAGCAAACGUCCCGCAGUCAAGAGGACGCAUCAUACAGAGCCUACGUUGCCGAAACCUCGCAGUCAUUUUGAGGACUUUCUGCGCGAAAUCGGGGAGAGUUCAGAGAUGCACCAUUUAUGCUGCAAUCCACGGCAAGGAUGUCUGUCUAGACAUACCCCCGAACGUCCACGUCAUGCUCGCAGCGCUUCUGAGGCGCUUGCUAGCUCGCAGGUAACCCGAGGUCGUCUGACCGCAAAAGAGGCCAGUGCUGCUCGCACCGCCCGGAUGCAAACAGUGUCACCGCAGAGCACCACCACAUCCACGAGCACCAAAAGUUCGACUCUCUUCGCGCCCGCUCUCAAAACACCGGUCUCGUUGAAGGUCGAAGCGGCAUUGGCAAUUGACUUACACGUCCACGAAGCCCUUCAGCCUCCUGACCUUCCUCGCCCUUCAUCGUACGACGCUAAAAGGACGCUUCGCAAGCUUCUUGGAAAUGCGGCAAACCCUCAGCUAUCCCGCAACCCCAUUGAUCGUGACGCCGCGCCCACAAUAUCGUCCGAUAUAACCUCCAUGACAGCGGAAGCCGAUCAUUCCGCUGUACCGGUCGAAAACCUUCGUCGUUCACCCUCCACGGACUCUCUUUCGACGAUCUCGUCUUCCGAAGCACCCGCGACCCCGAGAAACCACUCGCCGUUAUUGGGGCACGACCGACCGACCCUGGUAGACCUAGAACAGCAAUCAAGGUUCAGGUCGUCAGCUGUUUGCGUGACCUGCAAAAGACACGGCGCUAACUUUCCGAGCUGUUCGAGAUGCGGAGAAACGUGGUGUUCGAGGGGUUGUAGGUUGAAGGAGAGCGGUGGGACUAGGCACCAUUGCCAUGUAAGGUCCAUCACCGUCCGGUCCCCGUAUCCGACGAUAGUUUCCUAGCUUCCACGCAUCAUCACACGCAAGCAUUCUCAUCGAAUCUCUUACGCAUUGUGUUCCUAGCGUAGACCGCUACGGCCUUUCGGAUGCAUGCCUUAUCUACUCGCAUUUGUAUCUAUAGAACAUCCGCAGUCACUGCAACACUCACACGUACUUACACGUAGAUGCCCAACCAAACUGAUAGCACUGACUGGUUGGUCGUCGGCGGUCUUCAGAUGAGCCCUUCGGAGGCCGUGCCCCACAGUCAGAAUCAGAGAUAGGGUGGGGAAGUAUCUGAUAAGAUUAGGACACUAGGAUCGCAGCCGCGGGAGUGGUUGUCCCUGACAGUGGACUGUCCAG